UUCCGCUUCCGGGUGUGAGGGAGCAUUGAGGGGGGGUUCGGGUCGCCUUCUUUUCUUUCUGGACAGCCGGCCCGCGUCGCCGCCGCAGCUCCCGCCAUGUCGCCUGUCGCCGACGCUCCGUCACGGCACUGAGGACGGCAGAGGAACUAAGUAGGUUCUACUCGCUGCAGCAUUUUGAAAAGAGUCGCAUCCAUGGAAGAAGUACAAGACUUAACAGAACAGCCUUUAAAAAAAGCCAAGAUGCAGGAUUCGGGAGAACAGAUGCUAAGGCAAGUGAACAGCACAGACGGUAGUGAUCAGAAACCUGAAUCCUCAAGCCUUGGAGCAAACCUGUCUAUGUCCAGCGAAAUUAUGCCAUGCCCUGAUUACAUCUCAAGGUCACCAAAUGAAUAUACCUCACAGAUGUAUUCUGCAAAGCCAUAUGCACAUAUCCUUUCCGUACCUGUAUCAGAAACGAUGGCCUCUUACUCUGGGCAGACUCAGUACCAAGCGCUGCAGCAGUCGUCUCAGGCGUACGCUGUGUAUCCUCAGACAACCCAAGCCUAUGGACUACCUCCUUUCGGUGCACUGUGGCCAGGUAUGAAACCUGAGAGUGGUUUAAUUCAGACUCCAUCUCCAAGUCAGCACAGUGUUCUUACCUGCACUGCAGGGUUAACCACAAGCCAGUCCAGCCCAGCUCAUUAUUCUUACCCUAUUCAAGCUUCAAGUACCAACGCCAAUUCAAUUUCCACCUCCUCAGCAGCAGUAGCCUCUGCAGUAGCCAGCAUCUCUCAACAGGAGUAUCCUACAUACACUAUCCUUGGCCAAAGUCAGUACCAGCCAUAUUUCCCAAGUUCUAGCUUUGGAGUGAUCGCACCAGCAGACAGCAGCACAGAGAAUUCCACCUUAGCAACAACCACGUAUCCUACUGACAAAACAAAUGCCAUGGUGCCUACUCAGACAGCGCAGAGACAUUCCUCUGGAGACCCAUCGACGAGUCCAUCAUUGCUAAGAGCAACAGCUAGUAAAGAUCUCGACGAGCAGUCCCGGAAAAACGUAACAGGGAAAAACAGAGGCAAGAGGAAAGCAGACUCUUCUUCACCACAGGAUAGUGAACUGGAAAGAGUGUUCCUCUGGGACUUGGAUGAGACCAUCAUAAUAUUUCAUUCUCUUCUUACUGGAUCAUAUGCCCAGAAAUACGGGAAGGAUCCAACUCUAGUGAUUGGCUCUGGUUUGACUAUGGAGGAAAUGAUUUUUGAAGUAGCUGAUACACACUUAUUUUUCAAUGACUUAGAGGAAUGUGACCAAGUCCAUGUGGAAGACGUUGCAUCAGAUGACAAUGGGCAAGAUUUAAGCAACUAUAAUUUUUCCACGGAUGGCUUCAGUGGCUCAGGAAGCAAUGGCAACCAUGGUUCAGCGGGCGUCCAGGGCGGAGUGGAUUGGAUGAGAAAACUGGCUUUCCGCUACCGGAAAGUGCGCGAGGUCUAUGACAAAUACAAAAACAAUGUGGGAGCUCUCCUCAGCCCAGAGAAGAAGGAAGCUUUGCAGAGAUUAAGGGAAGACAUAGAAAUGUUAACAGAUUCCUGGUUGGGAACAGCACUGAAGUCCCUGCUUCUCAUUCAGUCCAGAAAGAGUUGUGUGAACGUUCUAAUAACCACCACCCAGCUGGUGCCGGCUCUGGCCAAGGUUCUGCUGUAUGGAUUAGGCGAAGUGUUCCCAAUUGAAAAUAUUUAUAGUGCAACAAAAAUAGGUAAAGAGAGCUGUUUUGAAAGAAUUGUCUCUCGAUUUGGGAAGAAGGUGACGUAUGUGGUGAUCGGAGAUGGGCGCGAUGAAGAGAUGGCAGCCAAGCAGCACAACAUGCCCUUCUGGAGGAUCACGAACCAUGCUGACCUGGUGUCCCUUCAUCAAGCCCUCGAACUGGACUUUCUGUGAGGAGCUGAGCAAAGGCAGUUUGGUGACCAGCUCCCUGAACAGCCCCCACUUGGCUUACUUAACCUGCUUGGGGACUGACUUUUUUUUCAUCAAGAAGAAAUCUAGCUAGUGGAAGUGUACAGUAGGAGACGCCACCGCAUCGCUUUCCCCAGGACAGCAGCCAGCAGUGGCGUGCGAGUUCCACGUGGUAAGCUGCCAUCGCCUCAGCGCAUAGUUUCAGGAGCUUUAUAAUCGUCCUCCGUUUCUGGUGAAGGGAAUUUCUGGGACUGAGCAGAGCGUCCUGGGCGGGGAAUCUCCAGCAGCAAAGACCUAAUUCACUGUGCAGCCUUUUUUGUGGUAUUAUGAUAAAAAAAAAAAACAAGAAAAGCAAACUUUUGUAGAUUAACUGUUGUCAUCUCCUGGCUCCUCUCUAGCUUUCCAGAACAAAAAAAGGAGAAGUGAAUAGAUGUUUAUUUUUGUAUAGGAAAAAAGGUUCCGAAGUGUUUCCUUUUUGCAGAGCUUAAGAAAAAAGCCGUCUGUAGAUGUUCACCAAAAGGUCAUGCCGUCUUGGGCGAAGAGACCUGGAGGUGGGAGAGGGGAGAUCUUCUCUUUCAUCCCAGUCUGCCCAGGGAAUUUGACUGGUCCUUUCAUAGUCAACAUCCUGAUGGGUCGGCUGCAAUCCUUCCAAGCGUCUUUCAUCAGUAAACACUUAUUUGACUAUCAAUCCAAGUGCUGUGGUUGGUAGUAUUAUAAUGCAGCUGAUGGGAAUUUCCUGAGCAACGGAAGAAGAAACUGCUGGUACAUAUUUUGGCUAUCCUGAUUUCAUCCCUCUUUCCAUUACUCUUCUCUGUACACGUACAGCAGAAGGAAAGCCCCGUUAUUAUUUUGGCUCUGCUAUGGCUAUGUGAGGCCAGUUAGGAAAGCACCCAUUUCCCCUUCACGUGACCAUCUGCCUGCUCACCCUAGCAAGAUUCCAGCCCGGUCAUCCUCUGCCAUUGUUGACGCCACGUCCACCCUGCCUCUUCUUUGCAGCUUUCUUGGGGGAGCUGGACAGGAUGGAAGCCAGAGGCUUGUCAUCUCAAAUCUGGGGUAAGAGCAAGUUCAAAAGUGAGCCCCUUGACAAGGAAGUGGGAAUGCAUACUUUCAUCCGCCGAACUGGAAAGUACAAAACGUCCCCGUGAGUGGACAGCUUCUCAUUUUCACAGGGAGCCUGUCAGAUGAACAUUUGCAGGUUGUGAUGGGCAGAUGAAGUCAGUAGUGCUGCUGAAAAUACCCGAGAAAGAUGGCCCUGUUGCCCGUUUCCUUGCUCACACACUGGUUUCCUACUGAUGAUCCCGUCCAGCUACAAACUUUUGGAUCAGUAAAGCAGACAUGGCAAGGAGUCAAAACAAGAAUUCCUUUGCUUCUGAGGAUUAACUGUGUUGUUUCUGACUAGGCAGAUAGCAUGGUGCUUGCUUUUCUUUCAGGGUCAUAGUGGAGUGGAUCUUGCCUCUCUCCUAUCACUCAACUGAGCAAAGUUUGAAGCCUUCCUCCAAAUUACGUGGCUCUUUCAUUGGAGGAGCAGCCAUUUAAGCUAGAGGAAGUUUUUUUGGGUGGAGGAAGAGGCUCCUUGGAGGAUAUCUAGACCCGCCCCCCCCCCAGAGGGGUAGGUUCUGAUCAGUAACAUGCACCCUGGCAGAAGCCGUCUUGCAAUGAGAUUGUCUUGUUUUUCAUGUAUUUUUAGGCAGCUAGCACUACAACAGAGUUUGUCGAAGGCAACGCAGCAGGUUUUGAGCUGAAUUCCAAGCGAGGAUGCUCUGAAUCUCUGCUAUAGAAUACAAGGAUCCUUGGUUCUGCGAUUCCACUUCUUUGUGCAUUUUCACUAUGCAGAGGCAAGAAGGGCUUCUAGUUCAACCAGUCGCUCCUGAGAUUUAUAGCGGAGAUCAGAGUCAGUGUAGGCUUUGGGAUUAACUCUGUGCCUUAACCUUUUACUCAACUCCUAGAAAUGUCAGCAGCUGCAUAAAAGGAGUGCAGGCAACCCUCUAAAUUCAGACUUACUGUCCACCCCCUUAAAGAAACACUGCUCUCGGUGGCAAUGGUGGAUGGAGAUGCCGAGCGCCUGGGGAAAAGCAGCAGGCAUUGCUCUGCAUUUUCGUUUGACUUAGGAACCCCUUUCAGAAGGCGUCAGUAUUUCAGCAACCCUCUUGGAGCUUGUUUUGCAUCAGAUACAAAUAUUUAUACUGUCUCUCUUCUCCUCUCUCAUUGACGUCUGUGAACUGAUUUUUCUCAGGUGAUGGUACAUUUUCCAUGCUAAUAAAGGCUGCCCUGAUUCGUGUGUUACUAAACUCACUGGCUGCAUUUCCCUUGGGUCUUCAUAAAGAAUUUGGAAACUUUUUUUUUUUGCCUUCUCCUGUGUUCAGUUCUUUUCUAUUGAAUUCUGUGGAUAGCUUUUGAGUGUGAAACGGUCCCCCGCUGUGAUGCAGAAGCAGAGAGUUUCUUGCAAGCAGCAGCUGUCCGACUUGGUUUGUUUUCAUUACAACCUGAAUAAUACUCCUCUCCCCAGUCCCACCGAGUAACAGAGGCAGUAGCUGCCGCCAAGAUCACUGCGUGUGCUGGUGUCUACUAGAAAUGCCGAUGCUCCCUCAGGGUCCCGCAGACGUCCAGCUUUGCGCAGAAUUGGCGUCAGCCGUGCUUGCAAUUUUGACAGGAGGGCAUUAAUGGCUGAAGGUUCCUUGAACAUCAUGUUCUAUGUAAUGAGAAGUGUCCUGUGAACUGGAAAAAAAAUUAAAGCCUUUUAUUUUCUAUA